UGUGCCCAAUGCUGAGUAUUACUUCUCUGUCUUGCAACUACCUGCCUUUUACACUACCCCCUUGAAACUUCCUCGGGCUUACUCUUUCCUUUGUCUUUAUAUCUUUACAUUUUUACAUCAUAAGCGCUAUGCAUUUUCACGUUGUUGCUCAAGCACUAAUCCGUAUGGGCCAAAGGUUAUCUAGGGCCAUAUCUGCCGGCCGCUUAAGGGCUCGGGUUUGUCGUCGCAAGUCUAAACGACUUGGGGUCGUCCAUAAUCCUGUCUUCCCUGUGUCGCAACCCUGUGCCAACGCCAAAAUGGCAGGACAACAGAAUCCCAUCAUCAUAGAUGAUGAUGUAGACGAUGAUGUAGACGGCCAAGAUGUGCUGCAAGACGUGAUGGAGAUCGCUGACCAUCCCAUUGAGUAUCUCGAAGAUUACGAAGAUGUUGGAGACUUCGAAAAUCUCGUAGAUGGUCCUGAGCACUUUGAAGCAUCGUUAGCAGUUCAGAACACCUGCAAAGACCAUGUCAAAUCCGUGUUCCCUGAUAUUUGCCUAACCUAUCUGGACCAGAUUGUCGCUGAGAAUAAAUAUGAUUCGGAUUUUACCAUUGGCGCUAUUCUUGAUCGGCAGGAAAAGGGCGAAAAAUAUCCAGUACAGUCUCGUAACCUGAAGCGCAAGCGAGCGGAGGACGACAAUGGCGAUAUUGAGGACGAGGCUGACGAUGAGGACGAUGAGGACGAAGAAGCUAGAAAGGCCGAAAGUGCCGUCAUAAAAGCAACGAGAAGGAAGCUGGAGCAAGGUGACUACCGUGUAACUACGGUUCAGAAACCAUGCUAUACAGAUAUGGCAAAGAAUUUUUUAGCUUCUGAUUUCCCAAAAGUCCCGAUACCAGUGAUCAAGAACUUAUUACGCGCCAAUGGAGGAUCUCUCUUCGAGACAUAUACGAAGAUGGAUGAGGCUAUCCGCAACUGGGAUAACUCAAGACCUCCUUGGACAGAAAAACGGCGACCGUCAAGAACAAUAGUAUCGUUCUUACCAGUUCGUAUUGAGAGUCUUGACAUGAGCAACUACAACGACGACCAGAAAGCUGCAAUCGAGGAAUUACGUGCUGCCAGGGAUUUGAAAGCCAUCAAGGACGCAGAAGCUGCUCGCAAGGCGGAAGAAGAGAAAAACUUUGCCCAUGCGAAAUCGAUCGGCGAGAUAGUUGAGUGCGGUUGUUGUUUUGACGAGUUCCCUCUCAACCGAAUGAUCCAUUGUGAUGGCGAGGACGUUCAUUGGUUUUGUCGGAACUGCAUGAGAUCACAGGUGGAAACAAAUAUUGGCCUGUCCAAAUACGAAAUAUCGUGUAUGUCUAUGGACGGAUGCGAGGCCGGUUUCUCCAUAGACCAGAAAAAGCGAUUUCUUAACAAGAAGCUCCGUGUGGCCUUGGAGCGACUUGAGCAGGAGGCCGUGUUACGUAUGGCAGGCAUCGAGAAUCUCGAGACUUGCCCAUUCUGUCCAUAUGCAGCAGAAUACCCCCCUGUUGAGGUUGACAAGGAGUUUACCUGCGUUAAUCCAGGUUGUGAAAAGGUUAGCUGUCGCCUAUGCCGUAAAGAAACACAUAUACCAAAGACCUGCGCCGAAGCUGCUGUUGACCAUGGUCUCAACGCUCGACACGUUCUUGAGGAGGCGAUGAGCGCGGCAUUAAUCCGGCAUUGCAAUAAUUGCAAAAAUCCUUAUUUGAAGUUGAACGGCUGCAAUAAAAUUUGUUGUACCAAAUGCCAUACAUUGCAGUGUUAUGUUUGUCGCCAGACUAUUACCGGCUACAAACAUUUCGAUGAUUCUUCAAGAGGCGGAAAAAAUGGACAGUGUCCGCUGUUCGAUAAGACCGAGGAGCGCCACCAACAAGAGGUGCAGCAAGCAGAAGAGAAAGCUCGCCAGAAAAUGUUAGAAGAUAAUGCUAACAUUACUGAGGACGCGUUAAAGAUCAACCUCUCAGAACAAGUUCUGCGGGACGAUCAAAAGCGUAGAAAGGGUAAUUCGGCACAAGGCGCCCCUGGCAUUCCUGCGGAUGUUCUUGAAAAUAUGAACGAUCGCAUCGGUCGCCUCCAGCGUCUUGCACGGGAGCGUCAAGCAGCCUAUCCCUUUAUCAACCUUCCGGCUCAGCCUGUAGCCGUGGCUGGCGGUCCCCAAGUUGUUGGUCAAGAUGUUCUACCACGCAUCGGGGCACAGUUGGGAAAUGUGGAUGGCAGGGAUCCACCCUUGAUGCCCCCGAUACAACUACCGGAGCAGUUUCCAGCAAUAUAUCGAGAAGAGUUUGAACGGCGGCUGGUGGCGCUUAGAGCUGGAAUACCAGCUCCAAUACAGCUUCGUCAAGGCAUAGCACCAGUCGGCAGACCCGUCCCUCAGGGCGCUCCUCCGGUUCCCCAGCCAGGCGCACCGCAGCCCCCCGCGUUGGUUCCCGAAUAUCAAGCAGUACCUCAAUUUCAUCCACCCUUGUUUCCACCCUUGUUCAACGGGCUGCCCCAAGGGCCUGCAGAUCAUCCUGCUCCGAUCUACAGACCCCUGGGUAGACAUCAAAACAGACAGAAUCAAAAUCACAUUCGUCGUUACGGAUAGUUAUAACUACCGUCUUCUCAUCCCUUGUGCUAUAACGCGCCUCGUCCUUCACAAGCAUCGUUCAUGGAAGGACGUCUAAGUACCAAAUUCGCAUUUUCUGAAUUUAGUUUUCUCGGAGUCGGUAUGCUGCCUAUUAUCUGGCUGCUUUGGCUUUUGCCCUUUGUUGAAGGUGCCCAUUCGAUACAUCAUUCAAGGGGAGGUCAUUGAAUGAUACGCAUAUAACCUUGUUUACUUUUACGGUCUAAGGACUUCGCAAGCACUUCCGCCUUUAGGAGUUCUGCCGGCUUGGCGUUGAGGAAGAUAUACAACAUUGCAGCAUACGAAUUGGACGUCAAAUGAGGAGGUUUGAGAAAGAGAGAAAGAGAGGGGGGGGGGGGGGGGG